AUGAAAGAGGUAGAGGUCGACCGUGCAAUGAGCAUCGAGAGGCGCGACCGCACAGAUGCCGUGCCGUAUCUGCAGAGCAACUAUCGCGAGAGCUGCCUGGCCGGCACCGAGCUCGGCCUGAGUCUGAGCAUCGGCGUCGCCUUUUUGCUCCUCUCGACCCGCGCGCAGCGCCGACACAUCGCCCUCUUCCUCGUCAACUGCCUCUCGAUCGUGUGCGUCGUGACGAAUUCGCUUAUUCGCAUGCGCUACAGUGGAGUCAAGAUCGAAGACCGCCUCGGCGGCGGUGUCGGUGUAGAAGUCGCGCAGCUGUCCGUCGCCUACGACUUCUUCUCCAUCUUCACGCCCCUUGUCGCAGACUCGACGCUGGCGUUCAAGCUUGCCAUCCUCUUUCCACCGUGGUACGGCUGGAAGCGGACGGUGGUGCUCGGCAUCUUUGCCACGCUGUGCUUUGCCCGCCUCGUCGCCGCAGCCUGCAUCGUCUGGCAGGGCAUGGUCUACUACGUCGCGCCCACUCGCAGGGGCCUGGCCUUUUGGCAGCUCGAUGCGAGCUUUCAGCCCUUUAUCAUGCUUGUCAAUGCUCCGAUCCAGCUGGCGACGUGCGCCUUUGCUUCGUCGCUCCUCUUCCACCGCGCCCACGCCUUUGCGCGCGCUGUCACGCGCAGGGAGCCCAAACGCCAGCUGCGCUUCUUUAUUGAGUCGACGACCAUGACAUUUUUGCCGCCCGUUUUAUGCCAGAUCAUCAUCCUCGUCGCCCUUGGCGCCAAAGAGGAGCAGCUGGCACUGCUGCGCGCCGCCAUGUGGGCCGAGGACCUCAACAUGAUUCUCUCCCUCAUCUUUUCCAUCCUCGCUACGUCCUGGUCCACCAUCCGCUCUCCGCUGCCGACACACGAUGCAGCCGACGCAUCGACCUCGCACGAGCAGCCCUCUUCUGCCUCCUCAGGAGCCCAACAGCGCAAGGAGCCAGCCUCCGCAUCGCCCGUGAUGCAAGACUCGAUCCUCGGCACCGUCCUCACGCGCGCGGGCAUGGUGGGCGCUCCUGCUGGCCAGGACGAGAGCGUAAUGGAAGUCAUGGUCACCCUUCCUUCUCGCGCAAAUGACGAUGUGGCUGCUGGUGACGUCGAGUACGCACGGAAAUCCGGCACCAAGCUUUCCUCCCCUCAACAAGGCCGUUGGCUUCGACCGGUGUGA